AUGACCACUCAGGCGAGUUGGGCACCGGUCAACGAAACGUCCGCAGAUCUCUGGCAUGAAAGGUCCAUAUUGGUCGGCCUGUUUCUGGGCGCUAUUGGAUACGGCAUUCAUCUCACGCUGUUCGUCUGGACGUCUCAUAUUCUCUACACAAAGAGAAUGAACUCUAAAGGGACGGUCGGACAGUUCCUGCUUCUCUACGUCGUCGUUGUGUUUGUUCUUGGAAAUAUUGGGAACGCCACAAACAUCAGAUUUGGGGAAAUGACGUUCAUCGAUAAUCGAAAUUAUCCCGGUGGACCCAACGCUUUCUUUGUUCAGCAAAGCACGAACAAGGUUGCUGUUUUGUGCAAUUCGGCCUAUAUAGUCAAUAGUUGGUUCCAGGAUGGACUGCUGCUAUACAGGUUAUGGAUAUUCUCUCAAAGAUCACUGUACACUGUAGCGUUUCCUUCUAUCAUGUUCCUUAGUGCAGUGGGCCUUUCUUUCCUCUUAAUAAUUGAACUUUCUCAGCCAGGAAUUACACGUUGGUCAAAGAUCAGCGUCAACCUCGCCAUUCCGUACUGGUCAAUCUCAAUCGCUCUCAACGUGAUAAUCACUUUAUAUAUAGCCACUCGCCUUCUAUACAUGAGACGCCGUCUUCGUCGCGUGGUGGCGGACUGCGCUGUGGAAUACGUAUCUCUCACUGCAAUGCUGGUGGAAUCGGCCGCUCUAUAUACCAUAAACGGACUUGUAUUUUUGGUCAGCUUCUCAAUUCACAGUCCAAUACAAUACCUAGCAUUGCCUUUGCUUGGUCAAACUCAGUCUAUUUCACCCCUCUUGAUUAUUCUCCGGGUGGCACAAGGCAGAGCUUGGUCCGAUGAUACCAUGAGUCGUCUGAAUACGAUGCCGACUCAGUUUCAAGUUUCUUCAAGAAUCGACACCGACUUCAGUGACCCGAAUUUGCGUGGGUCUUCGACCAUUUUGGAUUCUUUGAGCUUCAGGGAUAUCUCCAGCCACGACCUGGAAGCCGAGAAGGGACGCGACUCAAAAAUUUCUUCAUAG